AUGGUAAGAAUAUUAAGCAUUGACCCAUCUGGAACCGGAACUACCGGGAUUUAUUUUCGGAAUGGUCAGCAAGAGGAAUUUAAUUGUUAUCAAGGAAAAGACUGGCAAAAGCACUAUGAAUUUAUUGUUUCGUUAGUGAAAGUAUACCAGCCUGACAUUUUGCUUUAUGAAAGCACGAAUUAUGUGGGUUUAAGGGGCAAGGAUAUGACUAGCCUCUUUAAAUUACUGGGAGCUUUGGCUGUUUUGCCGGUAGAGAUAAUAAAGAGUGUGCCAGUCAACCAAGUAAAGGAGUUGAAAGGCAAAUUGUUAAAAGGAACCAAGACCAUAUCCGGCUUAGAAUACCAUCAAGGUCGCGGCAAAGAACUAGAAAUCAAAAGAAUAGCCCGACUUUUUGCCGAAAAACAACAAAUAAAAGUUGAGGUAUUUUUUCACCGACCAGCCGGAGAGAAAUUUAAUGAGGAAUGGCUUAGGCAUAAUGGUUUUCACGAUGGCAAAACAGUGCCGGGAUUACACCAAAUAUACCUUAAAUUAACCCGAGACGAAAGUCUAAUCUUUCGCACCUUAGCCCACGAAUUAGCUCAUACUUUACAACAAGAAGUGGAAGGAAAACAAUAUUCUAAAAAGCAUAACCUCACCUUCUGGAAAACUUUGGAUGAUUAUACUUUGCCUUUUGUGUUGGAAAACCUACCAAAAGAAGACCGAGAAGGUUUGCUCAGCCUGGCAAAUCCUACCACUAAUCAAGCUGAAGAAAACGACCGAGUUUAUUUAGAAACCCAAGAAGGAAUAAUAAAAUUCCCAGUUGAACCGGAGAAUGUUAAUGAGCAGUGA